AUGUGCCUUUGUCUCGGUCUUUUGGCCCCCGUCAGAGCGCAGAAGAUCUUCGAAUCGAACUACGAGACUCCAAAUGCCAAACACUACCGGAGUGAAGACGGCCUGGGGAACUUCAAUUUCGGCUACGAUAUCGACGAGGGUAGCUCGGGAUCGUUCCGUCGUGAGUCCGGUAAUGCCCAGGGAGUGAGGCAAGGGUCGUACGGCUUCAGGGAGGCGGACGGUCGCGUUCGAGUAGUGAAUUGGAUCGCAGAUUCCUACGGUUUUCGAGUCAGCAUCCGUACCAACGAGCCCGGGGUAGUCGCCUCGAGCCCCGCCGACGCGUCCUUCAACGGAGCUCCGCAUGUCUACUCAAAGGAUACUCUGGGUGUUCCGCUACCGACCGAGGACAAAACCCACGACUUCGCUCCGCCAUCCAACUCGAUCGAGCAAAAACCGACCUACCAAAGAGCGCCGGCCGUUUACGCGAAACCAGUCUUCGGCGCUAGAAUCCCUUACGCGGCUCAAAGUCCCAAAGAAUUCGAUAAAGCAGGCUCAUCGAGGGCCACGGUCUUCACCCCGUACUCGGUGCACUCCUUCUGA